AUGAGUCGUCAUGACAAGAAAGAUAAUGAAGACAGUAGCAGUGCAUUCCAGAACUUGGAUAAAACAACACUUUUGCAGGAAUCAAGAUAUUUCAACUCAACGCCAGUCAAUCCAAAAAAAUGUAUACACAUUCUGACAAAAAUCCUUUACUUGCUAAAUCAGGGUGAGAAGCUGACAACGCAAGAAGCUACUGAUAUAUUUUUCGCUACUACUAAACUAUUCCAAUCUAAAGAUGUGGUGUUACGGCGCUUAGUGUAUUUAACAAUCAAGGAACUAAGUUCUAUGGCACAGGAUGUUAUUAUUGUAACGUCAUCUCUUACUAAAGAUAUGACAGGUAAAGAGGAUUUAUAUCGAGCUGCAGCUAUUCGAGCCUUAUGCAGCAUAACUGACAGCACAAUGUUGCAAGCUAUAGAGCGCUACAUGAAGCAAGCUAUAGUAGACAAGAAUCCAGCAGUGAGUUCUGCUGCCCUUGUCUCAGCGCUCCAUCUGUCAGCCACUGUUCCAGACUUAGUACGCCAUUGGGUUUUGGAAGCUCAUGAAGCUAUAUCAUCUGAUCAUGCAUUGGUUUCAUGCCAUGCCUUGGCAGUUGUUGCUGGCACCCGAAAAAAUGAUCGGCAGUCUACUGUGAAAUUUGUUACCAAGAUGGCUCGUGCCCCUCUACGCUCGCAGUAUGCAUUGUGCUUACUUAUUCGGUACGCGGCUAAAUUGGCCGAGGAAGAUCAAUCGGAAACCUCAGAAAUGUAUAUGGAGUUCAUUGAAUCAUGCUUGCGUCACAAACAUGAAAUUGUUGUGUAUGAAGCUGCCCAUGCGAUAGUUAACUUGAGAAAAUCUGCUCGUGAUCUUGCUCAAGCUGUUUCGGUGCUACAAAUAUUUUGUGGAUCUUCAAAAGCAACCUUAAGACUAGCGGGUGCUCGUACUUUAGCAAAACUCACUGCAAAACAUCCUAGUGCUGUUGCUGCUUGUGCCGUAGAUCUAGAAAAUCUUAUUUCAGAUCCUAACCGCUCAGUAGCUACUUUAGCUGUGACAACUCUUCUCGCCACUGGAUCUGAAAGCUCUAUUGAUCGUCUAAUGAAACAGAUUUCCAGCUUUAUGUCAGAAAUAUCUGAUGAAUUUAAGAUUGUUGUUGUUCAUGCCAUUAGACGUCUCUGUUCUAAGUACCCCCGCAAACAUCAAUCGCUGGCUUCGUUUUUAGCAGGCAUGCUCCGUGACGAAGGAGGUUUACAGUACAAAACUGCUAUUGCAGAUGCAAUAAUCGCUCUAGUGGAGGAAAAUCCUGAUGCCAAAGAAACGGGCCUGGCACACCUGUGUGAAUUUAUAGAAGAUUGUGAGCAUGCCUCACUUGCUGUUCGCAUCUUACAUAUCAUAGGUCGUGAAGGACCAAAGGCUCGACAGCCCUCUCGCUACAUAAGAUACAUAUAUAACAGAGUUAUUUUGGAGUCAGGGCCCGUGCGUGCGGCUGCUGUUUCUGCGGUUGCGCGCUUCGGAGCUGUACGUCCAGAAUUAUUACCAAAUAUUCGUGUUCUGUUAGCUCGAUGCCAAUUAGAUGACGAUGACGAAGUACGUGACCGAGCCAUUUAUUAUAGUGCAAUAUUAGACUCUGGAGACAGCCAACUCAUUAAUGAUUACAUAAUUAAUGUGGUGAUUCCUAAUCCAGUACUUUUAGAAAAAGCUCUACUCAACCAUAUUUCUGCUGAAGAUUCAUCAAUUGAAUCUUUCAAUAUAACAUCUGUACCCACUUUGACGCAAGAAUCACAAGAAGCUAAGGAAGCACCGGUCGUAAUAGAGAGUCGGGCACCAGCUGUAUCUCGUGAAGAACAGUAUGCAGACCAAUUAAAGGUUAUUCCUGGUAUUGAAAAACUGGGAUCAAUUUUCAAAACUUGUGAAGCUGUAGAUUUAACUGAACCUGAGACUGAAUAUCGUGUUCAAUGUGUAAAACACAUUUUCAGUCGUCAUGUGGUACUACAAUUUGAAUGUUUAAACACGCUGAGUGACCAGCUCCUUGAAAAGGUUAACGUACGCUUAGAGGCUGCGCCCGGGUAUAAAAUAUUGACCGAAAUGGAAUGCGAGCAACUGCCAUAUAAUAAACAAGGUAGCAUCUUUUGUGUGUUGGAGUUCCCUGAAAGUCUGAUUGAAACCUUGGGCACUUUUGGAGCCACAUUAGAGUUCAUAGUACGUGACUGUGAUUCAACAACUGGGUUACCUGAAAGUGGAGAAGGCUACGCCGACACCUAUCCUUUAGAAGAGGUUGAAAUUAGUUGUGCUGAUCAAUUUAGAACACGUGCAGCCACUGAUGAUUGGGAAGCGACUUGGGACAGAGCUGCCGCUGCGGCUGAAGCUUGUGAUACUUUUGGAUUAUCACAAACAGAUGUAGGAGAUGCUGCUAAAGCCGUAUGCGAACAUUUAGGUUUGCCAAAAUCAGCGAUAGGAGGAGAAGCAGUAAAAGAAAUCCGCGGGAGCGGUGUUUGGCGAAGCGGUGUUCCUGUACUAGUCAGGGCAAGGCUGGCGAUAGCUCAGGGCGCUGUUACUAUGCAGUUAUCGGCUCGCUCCCCACGAGAAGACAUUGCCACGUUGUUAUUAGCUGCGGUCGGUUAA